UUCCCAAUUCCUGUUGUGCGUCUGUGGAGAACGCUACCCUGCGCAUGCUCCGUGACCCCGGAAGAGGUUUGGCAACCACGUGUGCUGUAGGGACAGCAUGGUUGUGGAGUGCAGCUCGACCAUGGAUACUGGGGAAUCAGAUGUUCAUGUUGGACAGAAACAGCCUAAGACAGCCGCCGCCGCCGCCCGGGGCAUCAUUCAACAAAACCGACAGUUUCUGGAUUUCUUCUGGGAUAUCGCAAAGCCCGAGCAAGAUGUACGUCUGGCAGCUACGGAGAACCUUAUACAGUAUCUAAAAUCCAGCGAAAAGGAAGAUGAACUAAAGUACACUUUUAAAAGGCUUGUAGAAGGGUUAGCAGCAACACGUGAAGCAGCGCGUCCUGGUUUUAGUUUGGCCUUGGCUCAGGUUCUGCAGAGUUUUGAAGAAAUUCCAUUAUCUAAAGUAUUAGAACAUAUCUCUGAGAAACAUAAUCUAGAGCGGUUGAACAAGAAAGUACUCCGAAAUGCUGCCUUUGGGAAUUUUUUCGGUGUCCUUGCACUGUUUCAGUCUGGUCGUCUUGCCAAGGAUCCAAAAGUCCUUUUACAGUGUGUGCAAAUAUUGCAAAACAUUGCUCAAUAUAAGGAACACUUGAAAGAUCUGCCCAGGAAAACACUUGUUGACAUUCUCUCAGAGAUUCCAGAAUCUUUAUUCGAGGAAGUGUUGUUUGGAGUACUUCGUGCAGACCUGACAUCAGCGUUUAGUUCUCCAGAGCAGCUGCAUCUGCUGCUGGUUGGAAUGCAGAAAUUUCCAGGGGUUCUAAAACCCAAAAAAUUGAAGAAACUGCUUGGAUCCUCUGUGAUAACUACACAGGAGAACAUUCCUAAGUUGGUGGACCUGUUAAAAACUGCUGCCAAGUCAGUGAAGAAAGAUCGUUGCCUGCCAGCAGUGGCUUUGGAUGUCAUGCGGAUAUCGCUGCAGGAAGAGACUUUUGACUUGUUUUGGCGAGAAGCUGUUGAAAAUGGUUUAAUGAAGGAUCAAUCGGGACCUUGCAUGUACAUGUGUUUUAGACUGCUGGGAGCUUCUCUGCCCUUGUUGGAUGGGAAGCAACUGCAGACAGUUCUUCGGAGUGAAGUCAUGCAGCAGUAUGGCGCUCAUGUUGUUUCCACUCAGCCUGCAGAUCGGUUUAAAUUUGCCCCAGAAAUGGAGACUUACAUGGACUCUUUCCUUGAGAAUUGCACUAAUUCUGAAAAACAGCUGGCAGUUCUUAUUGGCUUUACUAAGCUAACUAACCAAGGUUACCCUGUAAUACCAUGUGUGUGGAAAGUGAUCAAACAUGUGCAACCUGGUGCUCUUCAGAGCUACAUUGACUGGCUGAAGAACAUGUUCAUCUCCCCAGACCUUGACUCAUGUCUGGAGUUUAGCACCCGAAGGCAGAAGCAGAAUCAAGAGCAACAGAAAACCUCUGAGUAUGUUGUGUUUCGUUUGAGAAAAUGGAUUAUUCCACGUCUUACUAGCAUAAUUGAAAAUCCACAAGUGAAACGGGAUGAGGACCAAGUCAUGGAUAUUGCCCGGUUUAUCUUUUUUCAUGCGUUUUUUGAAGCUAAGAAAUCUGUCUCUGAUAUACCAGAGACAGAAUCGCUUGUUUCUGUGCCUUUUGAUGACAGAACCCGUUCACUUUUGGCCGACGCUUUUUUUAGCCUGUUGCUGAACCUGAACUGCAUGCCUUUGUUAGGGGAAGGUGCUGCCACUGACAUUUUAAAGGAGAAGCAUGUGGUUGGUGUAACUGCUGAUGGAAGACUUUGGAUUCAUUGUAUGGUUCUCUAUGCCAACACUGUUCUUACACGUGGAAAGGCUGUGAAGGCAAUCAAACAGUUUAGCCAGGAACAGAAAGAAGCUUGGGAUCGAAUGUUGCAAUAUGUAGAAAUUCUGCAAAAGAAGUCCAAAAGGGCCCAUGACAUGGAGCUAUCAGCAUAUCAGCAAUUGCUUCUUUUAGUGGGAAUUCAUCUCUUCAAGACUCCAGAGGAGAGUGUCGACCUCUUGAAUGAUAUUCAUAAUUGCCUGGAAAAAGCUCAGAGUAAGAAGUCAAAGAAGACAGAGAAUAAGGAAGACACACAGGAGCCAGAGUGGGUGGAAGUGAUGGUAGAGAUCCUCUUGUCUUUAUUCUCGCAACCAAGCAGACUUUUUCGACUUGUUUCAAGAAAUGUUUUCAAGAAGAUUUGUCCUUAUGUGACAAAAAAUGCACUGCAACUUAUUCUCAAUGUACUUGACCCUGAAGAAGAAGAUGAUGAGGAAGGUGCUGUGAUUGUGACUGAUGAAAAGGAUCAUGGGAAGAGCACCUCUGAUAAACAGGAGGGCGAUGAGGAGAGCAGCUCAGAUGAUAGCAGCUCUGAUGAAGAUGAUGAGGCAGAGGAUAAAAAGCAAGACAGCAGUGAUGAAGAGCAUUUGGAUCAAAAUGUUAAUGAGCUUUUCCGCAAGCAGCUGAUGCAGGUGUUGCAGGAUGGGAGUGCAGUGGAAGGAGACAAAAGUGAUGAGGAUUUGGACGAUGAUACUAUGAUGGCUUUGGAUGAAAAUCUCUCAGCCUUGUUUGCUGAACAAAAAAAACGUAUUCAAGCCAAGAAGGACGAGAAAGCCAGAAUCCGUGGGGAGAAGAUUUUGCGCAAGGAGUUCAAGACAAAGGUGCUGGAUCUGAUAGAGGUGUUUGUGAAAAAGCAGCCUGACAGUCCUCUUGUAUUUAACAUCAUUGAACCAUUAAUUUCUGUAAUUGAACAAAGCAUGAAUUCUGAAUCUAACCAACAGGAACAAGACUUUCUCAGAAAAACAGCAGACAUUUUCAUGAAUGAUUUAUGUAAAGCCAAGCGUUAUUGUAAAGAUGUUGGAGAGCUUAAGGAAGAACUGCACGGCAUGAUGGAAAGGCUUGUGGCAAAAGCCUGCAAACAAAGUGACUCUUCUGUGGCAUUAUACUGUUUCAGUGCAUCACUUUAUGUGUUAAAAGUGUUAAAAGGCAGUGGGAUUGAUCAACCAGAGGAGGGCACCAAAAAGCAAAGAAGGAGCCAUGUCUCGCCUCUGCAGGCUCCAUGUCUCGGUUGUCUGGAUCUUCAGCGAGCAACUGCUAUGUAUCAAGAGUCAUUGAAUGGUUUUCUGACCAAGAGAAAGAGCCCACUCACAGUUACUAUGUUUCUUGAUCUCUUUAACCGCUUUCCUUUUAUGUGCAGUCCUCUGCUGGAUAUAAUAGUGAAGUCUGUCAAAGAUGGAGCACGGCCACAUCAGCAGGGACAAGCAUGUACUCUUCUUCUAAAGGUGUUGCAAACCCCCAGUCUAAAGCAGGCACUUUCUGCAGACCAAUGGAGCGAUCUAAUCAGAGACAGCGUUGAUCGUGUCAGAGAGACUCUGGAAGCUGUGACUGAAAUUAAAGUGAAAGUUGACCAGGAGAAGGUGAUUAAGUGUUUUGAGCUGCUGAGCUUCCUGAUUAAAACAGUAACACAGCAGAGGCUGGACAUUAGCCUGACAGAGCUGCAUCCCAUGCUCGAAACACUCGGUCAGAAUGAAAAGUUUGGAAAAUCAGUCCGCCUAGAAGACAUGUACUGGAAUGUAAUGAAGCUGCUAGGAUACAUGCGUCCACAGAAAGAGAAAACGAAACCUACACCUGAUGCAGCGGCUCAGCCUGUUAAUCCUUUGAAGAAAAAGAAAGGGUUUUUACCGGAGACCAAGAAACGCAAAAACCGCAAGAAGGCAGGACAGGGGGAAGCCAAAUCAGAUGAGGCAGAAAUAAAGUCGGAGAGCCCAGAGGAUCAGGGGCAGGCCACCAAGCCGAAGAAGAAGAAAAAGAAGAAUAAAAGAAAACAGCCUGGGCAACAGGGAGGAGCGAAACCUGACAAUUCUGCUGAGGGUCCACCAAGCAAAAAAGCCAAAUCCAGCCAGGAGAACACAAGCAAAGGCGGCAAAUUAACAACUGCAGGAAACAAACAGAAACAGAAAAAAAAGAAAAGCAGCUAAAUAUGGACAUCUGCAAAAUGAAGAGCUACUUUUGUACAGUGUAUCGCAUUGUUAAUAAAUGCAUUGUUUGUUUUA